AUGUCUGUUCCUCCUUCUUCAAGCAAUUAUUUCCUUUAUUUUCUCACCAUCUCUCAGGAUGUACAGAACUUGAAGAGCCGGGUUCAGAAGCAAUUAGACUUUGAAGAGGAACUGGCGGCUAAUAAGAUUAUGCUCAACAACCUGGAGAAAACUGGCCAGGAGAUGAUUGAGGAUGGUCACUACGCCUCUGAGGCUGUGGCCGCUCGCAUGAAUGAGGUUGCCAACCUCUGGAAAGAGUUGCUGGAUGCAACAGCACUAAAAGGGACCGAGCUGUAUGAAGCUAACCAGCUGCUACAGUUUGAUAACAAUGCAGAAGACCUGAAACACUGGCUGGAGGACGUGGAGUGGCAGGUCACCUCUGAGGAUUAUGGGAAAGGCCUGGCCGAUGUGCAGAAUCUACUCAGGAAACAUGGACUUCUUGAGUCAGCUGUGGCUGCUCGUCAGAAUCAAGUGGACACCCUCACAGACAUGGCUGCACAUUUUGAAGAAAUAGGCCAUCCUGACUCUGGGGACAUACGUGCAAGGCAGGAAUCCUUGGUUUCCCGCUAUGAAGCUCUGAAAGACCCACUGGCCACUAGGAAGAAGAAGCUCAUUGACUUACUCAAGUUACAGCAGAUUUGCAGGGACUCAGAAGAUGAGGAGGCCUGGAUACAGGAGACUGAACCCUCAGCAACUUCCACCCAUCUCGGAAAGGACUUGGUUGCAGCCAAGAAUCUUCUGAACAGACAUGAAGUCAUCUUGGCAGACAUUGCCAGCCAUGAGCCACGUAUUCAAGUGAUAACAGAGCGGGGAAACAAAAUGGUAGAGGAAGGACACUUUGCUGCAGAAGACAUAGCAUCUAGGGUUGAGAGCUUGAACAAAAAUAUGGAGUCUCUCCAUGCUCGAGCUGUUAGACGGGAGAAUGAUCUCAAGGCCAAUGUCCAGCUCCAACAAUACCUGGCAGAUCUACAUGAAGCAGAAGCAUGGAUUAAAGAGAAAGAACCAAUCGUAGACAACAAAAACUAUGGAGCUGAUGAAGAAGCAUCUGGGGCUCUUCUCAAGAAGCACGAGGCCUUCCUGGUGGAUCUCAAUGCAUUUGGGAACAGCAUCAAGGCUCUGAGGGAUCAAGCUGAAGCCUGCCAGCAACAGCAGGCAGCACCAGUGGAUGAGGCUGGUCUAGAAGCUAGGGUCAUAGCUUUAUAUGACUUUGAGGCCCGAAGCCGUAGAGAGGUCAGCAUGAAGAAGAAUGAUGUCUUGACUUUGCUCAGUUCCAUCAACAAGGACUGGUGGAAGGUUGAAGCUGAUGAUCACCAGGGCUUUGUGCCAGCGGUCUAUGUCAGGAAACUGGCCCCAGAUGAACUACCAGGGUUUCCGCAACAUCGACGAGAAGAGCCAAUCAACAUCCCCCAGCGCCAGCAGCAGGUAGAGAGCCUGUACCACUCCCUCCUGGAUCGAGCAGAGGAACGAAGACGUCGCCUGCUGCAACGUUACAAUGAAUUUCUGCUGGCCUAUGAGGCGGGAGACAUGCUGGAGUGGAUCCAAGAGAAAAAGGCAGAGAACACUGGGGUAGAACUGGAUGAUGUCUGGGAGCUGCAGAAGAAGUUUGAUGAAUUUCAGAGGGAUCUGAAGAGCAAUGAGCCUCGGCUAAAGGAUAUCAACAAGGUGGCAGAUGAACUGCUGUUUGAAGAUCUUCUAACACCAGAAGGUGCUCACAUACGCCAGGAGUUGAACACCCGCUGGCAUUCCUUGAAGAGGCUGGCAGAUGAACAGAAUCAACUGCUAAGCAGUGCCCAUGCUGUUGAGAUGUUUCACAGAGAGGCAGAUGACAUCAAGGAGCAGAUUGAUAAGAAAUGCCGGGCUCUUACUGCUGCUGACCCUGGCUCUGACCUGCUCAGUGUCCAGGCCCUUCAGAGGCAGCAUGAGGUCUUUGAGAGAGACAUCAUCCCCCUGGGAGAAAAGGUGACCACAUUGGGGGAGACAGCUGAUCGUCUCUGUGAGUCCCACCCGGAUGCCACUGAGGACCUGCAGAAGAAGAAAACAGAGCUGAACGAGGCCUGGGCUACCCUACAAGAUCUUACAAAUGACAGGAAGGAGAGUCUGAAUGAGGCCCACAAAUUCUUCCUCUUCCUCAGCAAGGCCAGUGAUCUAGAGAAUUGGAUCAAAGCCAUUGGUGGCAUAAUAUCAUCACCUGAGCUGGCUGAGGACUUAACUGGCACAGAGAUCCUGCUGGAGCGACACCAGGAACAUCAUGAUGACAUGAAAGCAGAGGACCCCACCUUCCAGGCCUUAGAGGAUUUUGGCACAGAACUUAUAGACAGAGGCCACCGUAACAGCUUUGAAAUUGAAAAUACUCUUCAUGAUAUUAAAAUAAAGAGAGACGAGUUGGAGAAGGGUUGGGAAAACCGCAAGAAGAUGCUAGACCAGUGCUUAGAACUUCAGUUGUUCCGAGGGAACUGUGAACAGGUUGAGAGUUGGAUGGUGGCUCGAGAGAACUCCCUGAGGUCAGACGACAGGGAUCACUUGAACAGUCUGCAAGCUUUGAUGAAGAAACGGGAUGAUUUGGAGAAAGCAAUCGCUGCCCAGGAAGGGAAGAUUGCUGACCUAGAGCAUGUUGCCACGAGGCUCAUAGAUGAUGAGCACUAUGCCAAGGAAGAGAUUGCUGCUCGGCUCCAACGUGUGCUAGACAGAUGGAAAGCUCUCAAAGAACAGCUGCUUGCUGAACUGGGAAAGCUUGGGAACUAUGCUGACCUGAAACAGUUCUAUCGUGACUACGAGGAUAUAGAGGAAUGGAUCAAUGAGAUGCUGCCCACAGCCUGCGAUGAAUCUUACAAAGACCCUACUAACAUUCAGGCAAUUUCUUUCCUUUGCCUUCAGAGGAAAUAUCUGAAACAUCAGGCCUUUGAAAAUGAAGUCAAUGGUCGUGCAGAGCAGGUGGACGGGGUCAUCAAUCUUGGGAAUUCUCUGAUUGAGCGAAGAGUAUGUGAUGGUAAUGAAGAAACCAUGAAGGAGCAACUGGACAAGCUAAAGGAAAAAUGGGAUUACCUCCUAGAGAAAACAACUGACAAAGGGCAGAAACUCAAUGAGGCCAGUCGCCAGCAAAGGUUCAACACAAGCAUCCGGGACUUUGAGUUCUGGCUUUCAGAGGCAGAAGGCUUGUUGGCCAUGAAAGAUCAGGCCAGGGACUUAACUUCAGCAGGAAACCUACUUAAGAAGCAUCAGCUAUUGGAAGCAGAGAUGUUGGCUCGAGAGGACCCUCUAAAAGAUCUGAACAAUCUGGCUAAGGAGCUGAUCUCCAGUGGGACUUUCAACAUUGACCAGAUAGAAGAGAAAAUGAAUGGUGUCAACGAGCGCUACAAGAAUGUCCAGAGCUUGGCAGCUGCACACCAUGAGAAACUGAAAGAGACCUAUGCCUUGUUCCAGUUCUUCCAGGACCUGGAUGAUGAGGAAGCCUGGAUAGAGGAGAAGUUGUUACGAGUGAGCUCCCAAGACUAUGGGAGGGACCUUCAGAGUGUUCAGAACUUACUGAAAAAACACAAACGCCUAGAGGGAGAGCUGGUGGCACAUGAACCUGCUGUCCAGAAUGUACUGGAUACAGCAGAGAGCCUGAGAGACAAGGCUGCUGUUGGAAAAGAGGAGAUUCAGGAGCGGCUGGCUCAGUUUGUUCAACAUUGGGAAAAGCUCAAAGAGUUGGCCGAGACCAGAGGGGCAAAGUUGGAAGAGUCUCUUCAGUAUCUGCAAUUCAUGGAGAAUGCAGAGGAAGAGGAAGCUUGGCUGAGUGAAAAGGAUGCUAUGGCCAGCCGGGGGGAUUCUGGAGACACACUGGCUGCUACUCAGAGUUUUCUAAAGAAGCAUGAAGCUUUGGAGAAUGACUUUGCUGUACAUAAGGUCCGGGUACAAAAUGUGUGUGCACAAGGAGAAGAUAUUCUUAGUAAGGAAGAAACUCAAAACAAGGAUAAGAUUUCCACAAAGAUCCAAGUCCUGAAUGAAAAGACAACUUCUCUGGACAAGGCAGUAGCUACUUGGAAGUUACAACUGGAUGAUGAUUAUGCCUUCCAGCAGUUUAACUGGAAGGCUGAUGUUGUGGACUCAUGGAUAGGUGAAAAGGAAGCAAGUCUGAAGACCAAGAUCAACGGUGCAGACCUCACUGCCUUUCUCACACUCUUGGCAAAGCAUGACACACUGGAUGCCAGUCUUCGGAGCUUUGAGCAAGAACGACUUUCUGAAAUCACCGAUCUGAAGAAUCAGCUGGUGGCUGCUGAGCACAGCCAAAGCAAAGCCAUUGAGGAGCGGCAUGCAGCCUUGCUGAAGCGCUGGGAGCAACUUCUGGAGGCCUCUGCAGCUCACAGGCAGAAGCUGCUAGAGAAGCAGCUGCCUCUGCAGAAGGCUGAGGAGCUAUUCAUGGAAUUUGCACACAAAGCUUCAGCCUUCAAUAACUGGUGUGAGAAUGCUGAGGAGGACUUAUCAGAGCCUGUGCACUGUGUCUCCCUGAAUGAGAUCAGGCAACUGCAGAAGGAACACGAGGCUUUCUUAGCUUCUCUAUCUGGGGCUCAAGAAGACUUCAACCAUUUAUUGGAGCUAGACCAGCAGAUUAAAGCCUUAAAUGAGCCAUGCAGUCCUUAUACCUGGUUAACAGUGGAGGUGCUGGGAAGGAUCUGGAAGCACCUGCCUGACAUCAUCAAGGAGCGGGAGCAGGAGUUAAAGAAAGAAGAAGCUAGGCAGAUUAAGAACUUUGAAAUGUGUCAGGAAUUUGAACAGAGUGCCAGUGCCUUCCUUCAAUGGAUCCAGGAGACCAGGGCUUAUUUUCUGGAUGGAUCAUUGCUCAAGGAAACAGGAACUUUGGAAUCCCAACUCGAAGCAAAUAAAAGGAAGCAAAAAGAGAUACAGGCAAUGAAGCGACAUCUGACUAAGAUCGAAGACCUGGGGGACAACAUGGAAGAGGCUCUGAUCCUUGACAUCAAAUACAGCACCAUUGGACUGGCCCAGCAGUGGGAUCAGCUGCACCAGCUGGGGAUGCGAAUGCAACACAAUCUGGAGCAACAGAUCCAGGCUAAGGACACCAUAGGUGUGAGUGAAGAGACACUGAAAGAGUUUAGCACCACAUAUAAACACUUUGAUGAGAAUCUGACAGGGCGUUUGACUCAUAAAGAGUUCCGGUCCUGCCUAAGAGGACUCAAUUACUACCUGCCUAUGGUAGAGGAAGGUGAACCUGAACCCAAGUUUGAGAAAUUCCUGAAUGCUGUGGAUCCAGGGAGGAAAGGCUACGUCUCUCUAGAGGACUACACAUCAUUCCUGAUUGACAAGGAGUCAGAGAACAUCAAGACCAGUGACGACAUAGAAAGUGGAUUCCAAGCCCUGGCAGAAGGCAAGGCCUAUAUUACCAAGGAGGACAUGAAACAGGCUCUAACCCCAGAACAAGUGUCAUUCUGCACCAUACAUAUGCAACAAUAUAUGGACCCACGGGGUCGAAGUCAACCUGCUGGCUACGACUAUGUUGGCUUCACCAAUACAUUCUUUGGCAAUUGAUAACCACAUUCUUUUGGAUCGUAGAUCAUGGUGUUGCAGGAAAUGUUGAGGGAUAAGAAGCACAGACAAGUGUGGAAGAAGAAAAGAUGAUGUGUGUGUGUGUGUGUGUGUCUGUGUGUCUGUGUGUGUGUGUGUGUUUUACAUUUAUUGCAAAAUAUAAAAUUUUUAUCAAGUUUCUGGGGAUGUUGCAGAGAGAGGACAGACAGGUAUAGGAUUAUUUGAAUAUACUUAGCCUUUAACUAGCUUGCUAAGGUUUGAAUGUGUGUGUUUGUAUGUAUUCUGAACACCUUUAAGAUUUUUCUUCAUUCUGAUCAUAGAAAUGUUUCUUUUUAAAGGGGAAAUUUAACUAAAAUUGUGCUUCUGCAUUUGGGGAACCAUAUUAUUACUAAAUAAAAGUAGUUAAUUAUACUGUGAAGGACAAUAAUCAAGUAGUAAUUCAAGGUGAUUUUCAGUUUGAAGCUUUGGAGUAUGUUCAAAUUCUUACAAUUUGAAAAUAAAAGUGUGUGUCACUUUAUCUUUUUCUGUGAAGAAGAACCACACAAAGAUAACAGAAAACUUCUUUCCUGUUUUCAUAUUUCAUUGUUAGAGUGGAUGCUUCUACUCUCAGAAAGACACAAUUCUGGUACCUCUUCCUUUCUAACUCCUCGAAUACUCUCUUAAAUUUUCAUAGGAUGCAAAUGAUGCUUGUGUUUAUUAAUUUCUAUCUUAUUUUAAGUGUCAGAGAAAGUGUUCAUAAUUUAUGAAUUAAGGAGAAAAUCUAAGAGGAUAUGGUAUUGCGGGUAUUUUCAGGACAGAUACAUUUCUUAGAUAAUGUUUUUCCUUAUGUAAAACUGUUAAUGUUUCGCAUAAAGAGUCCCUCACCCAUGAAUAUUGUCCCUUAAUUACAAUAUUAAGUCUCAGUUCUUUCACUUGAGUAGAAAAUAACCCCUUCUCAGUCUUUGGGGGAAAGAAUCCUAUCACAGGAGUCAGUUAAAAUACAAGCACUGGGCUGAGCUCCAGGAGUCUAGUUGAAGAGAGGGAAGAGAGAAUGUAUGAGCAAGAGAGGGGGUCAAGAUCAUGACAGGGCAAAGAG